AACGCCAAAGGAAGAAAUGAAGGUGAUGUUAUGGAAUUGUAGGGGCUGUAAUAACCUCGAAUUUCAAAGAAACUUUAAAUCAAUGGUUGAAUGGAACUAGAAACUAAGAUGACAAAAUAUGAACCUCUGCUAGAUCUGGUGAAGUUUAUUGAUUUGUUUGAUAUUGCGGCUAAUGGUUACUCUGGUGGGUUGCACUCAUGUGGAAAAGUGAUGAACUAUCACGUGAUCCAGUCGCAACCACUGACCAGGAGAUCCAUGUCACCGUGCAGGUUCCUCAUGGUAGCAAUGGGAAAUGCAGCAAUGCAACACACAUUUCAGGAGCUGAACAAAGUGGCACAUGAGUUAGCAUGCUUUGGAAAAGAAGCUGAGGAGCAACUUAUAGGAGAAUCUAUUUUUUGGGAUUUUUCUCCACCUUUUUUGACUCAGCUUCUAAACAAUGACAUUAUAGGUUCGCUUCGUUUAGAACUAACCCAUGUGCUUAAUGUUCAGACUAUUUCGGGAUAGCUUCAUUUAGAA